AUGCAAACUAUGAGUACAGAUCCACAACAAUUUUAUCCAAAUCAGCCUGGACCAGGACAUCAACAACAAAGUAAUUUUUAUAUAGCAACCAAUGGCAUGGAACAAGCACCAUAUCCAAUGACAGGAAGAAAUCCAGGCGCAUACAAUGCACGCUUGAUGAAUCCACAAAUGGCGAACGGUUUUCAACAAGCUUAUUAUCCAUCACACUAUUUACCUGCACCAUUCGUUCCUGGCCCUUCUCGACCAAUGAAUCCGACACAAUUUAUACCAAUUGUUCGACCACAGAAUGAAACUAUACCUAGUCAACAAAACUUCAUAUCACAGUAUCCACAAUACCCUCCAGGGAAUACUAGCAUGACCUCGACGACGCCUGUUUAUCAUACAGCAUUUUUUCCACCAGCUAACUAUCCGAUGGGAGCCUAUCAAGCUAUGCAGUCAGCACAAAUUACGAGUCAACAACCGAUGCCACAGCAAUCACAGUAUGCGCUGCCGCCUGGCUUGCCACAACAACCACAAAUGCAUCCACCUCAACAGACUCAUCCUCAACCAAUGGAUCAACCACUUAUGCCAACAUCUCAGCCUACAAUGCCACAACCAAGCACGCAUUCUACUACGGAAAAACGGCAAAGAAAACCGUUGGUUAUUGUUGAUCCAGUGUCACAUAAAACUGUGGAUCUUGCACCUACGCCUUCGACCGCGACAUCAUCCACAACAAAUCCGCCAGCAGCAUCUACGCCGGCGGUCGCGAACGAAAAUCGUCAAGUCGAGUCAUCGACGGAUUCUGCAGCAGCUAACGUGAAAUCCACGAGUGAUAUUAAUAAAACUCAAAAGCAAAGUGAGUUUCGAUAUCAAUUUGCCAAACUGUUAAGCGAUAAUCCAAAUGCUCAACCAGACAAAAAUGUCAAUCAACAAUCUGGAUCUCAUGAAGAUUCGUCAACAAAACAGUCAUCGACUACGGCACCACAAGGGCCAUCUUCUACGUCUUCAUCGCGAUCUGGUUCAAUGUCUCGGCCUAAAUCUCCGACGGCAGUACCGUCAACGACUGCGCCUUCAACCGCUAGCAAAGAACCGACAACACAUAAAUCAUCCGAACAAUCACAGCCACACCCUGGUCUUCCUGGCAUUCCUAUAGGAAUAAUAGCUGAUGAUAAACCGACGACGAAAGUCAAUCAAGACGAUAAUAGAGAUAAACGAGAUCGAAGCGAUUCUCAAAAACAAUCAGACAUCGAAACUGUUGAAACAACUGAGAAAGCAACCAAUGAGUUAAAAUCAACGGUAAAUAAAUAUUAUCUCAUUCUUGAAACGUCUUGCAUAGUCACUCAUAAGAUCGUUCGUAAAAAAACAUAA